CCGAGUCCUCGUCGUCGUCGUCGUGGAGCGGCAGGAUUUGAAUCCUAGCGAGAGUUUUUGUCCGCUUCCAUCUCUCUCCCUCCUCCGCUUCGCAAUCCUUAAAUCUGCGGCGCGUACAAGAGUCCCGGAGAGGAGAGAGAUAGAGAGAGAGAGAGAGGGCCGCGGCCACACGACACAGGUGCGGUGGUUUCCGUCUCCGUUUCUCUCCGAAUCGAUUACUCCUCUCUUCGAUUCGAUCCUUCGUGUUCUUGGUUGCUGCUGGGUAUGCUUGUUCUUCAUCGUGGGUGAUUGCUGCAGGUAUUAUAAUUAGGUAAGUGAGGACCGAGGAGACAAGAUGGUGCAGAAGGAGCUUUCCCAGGCAUGGUGGUUCGACAGCCACAACCUUGCAAGGACAUCUCCAUGGCUAACCAACACGCUUUCAGAACUAGAUGACAAGACCAAGCAAAUGCUCAAGAUGAUCGACCAGGACGCCGACUCGUUUGCGCAGCGAGCCGAGAUGUAUUACAAGAAGCGCCCCGUCCUGGUGGACAUGCUCGGCGACCUGUACCGAACACACCGCUCGCUGGCAGAGCAGCUUGAUCUCCUCAAGAACGGCAAUGGCACACGCCACACCGUGUUCGGGCCAUCCUCCUGCACCCAGAGCUGGUCUCAUCAGGCAGCAGCAGCAGCAAUGGGUGGCAAGGGAACAACAGGGAGCAGGUCUUCGAUCUCACUCUGCUCAGACAACUACGACUCUGAAUCUGAAGUCGAUGACCCUGAACAAGAAAACAUGGAGGAGGAACUGUCUGAAUCCGAGGACAUGAUGAAACAUCCUUCACAAAGCCAAGCGGAUCAAGCAGCGCAGCUAGAGCUGAUGCACGCGGAGAUCGAGAUGCUCAAGGAGAAGAACGCGGAGCUGCAGAAAGCAAGUGCAGAGAAUGAGAUGCUCAAGCAGAAGAACGAGGAGCUGCAGAGAGUGAGCGAGGAGAACAUGGCCCUGAAGGCGGAGCUCGCGGCGAAAGACGAGGAGAAGAGGGAGGUGAUCAGGCAGCUCGCGUCGUCGUUCGACAUCGUCAAGAAGGAGAAUUUCACCUUGCGGGAGUACAUCAUCAAGAACUCAAAGAACUCCUCCUCCUCCUCUCGUGGCUUCGAUUUCAAGAAGCUGACCAAGGACCUGUUCACUGCGAAGCUCUUCACAGCUCACUGCAAGGCUACUACAGGUCCAAUGGUUGCUCUAUGAGCUCGGUGCAGCUGAUGAACUAUUUCAGAGAGAAAACGGCGUGCACACCAUCCUCCUGACAAACCAUUAGAUCCAUGAGAAUUGUUGUAGCUCAUGUGCAUAUAGAUAGAUACUAUAAGCAUGUGCCCCCUCCCUCCCUGUCUGUCUGUUUGUUCUAUUCUUAUUCAGGUUUAGACAGUAGAGGAUUCGUUUUGACUGUCCCUGUGAAAUACCCAUGUGCAUCAGUACUUACUGCAGUAGAAGAAUUAGCCGUAUGAAUGUUUGUAUGAUAUGAUUGUGUUAAUUAUAGUAGAGAUUUUGGGUCAUGUUUACAUCAGAAAGCCGGUGUCAUACCGAAUAUACAAACUGUUUGCUGCCA